UUAUCGUGCGAUGGCCUGACAACCCUACGCUCUGCGCGUUCCAAAACAAAAGCGAAAAUGUUUUAAACAUUUUUGCAAGUGCAACCGCUGCAUUCCUUUAGUUUCCGUCUUGGUAGUGAUUUAACUGAUCAUUACGUUCGCUUCGCUGCAGUCCAGUCCGCGCAGACCAUGGCCCGAAACGCUGCCGCGGGCGUUGUCGCCACUCUGCCUGGCGGAGGCGGCGGCGAGCCCAGCUCUCCAGUGCAAAAGGUGUGGAAGCCCGAGCUGUACAAGAUUCAGCUGGAGGCACCGGCCCCGUGUCCGAUGCGGUGCCAGCGCACCCUGCCUCUGCCGCCGCAAAAGAGCACCGCCGAGGAAGUGGAGCAGGACAACCAGGCCGCGCGGCUGUAUGGCUCCGAGUACCAUGGCCUGAUGGGCCACCUGGAGGCGGAGCAUCUGCUCGGUCUGACUGGAGGAGAAGGCAGCUAUCUGGUGCGUCGCAGCCCCAUGUCCGACGGCUUCUACACGCUGAGCCUGCGCUUCAACAAGCGCACCAAGCACUACAAACUGUUCCACAAGUCCGGCGUGGGCCACUACCUGCGCGAGCAGGACAAGCGCUUCGACUCGGUCUACGACAUGGUGGCCGACGGCCUUAUCAACUUCCACAUGCAGCUCCACGCCAGCCCCAUCAUACAGCAGAUUAAUCAGCAAACCAAAAACUGCUACCAGCAAAGUCCCUACAUGACCCUCAACGGUCGCAAGCUGCGGGCUCUUUCCAAUGAGCUGGGCAAGACUAAUGCAGCCGCCGCCGCCGCCGCCGCGGCAGCAAAGGAUGAGGCGUCUCCAAAGGAUGUGGAUGUGCCAGCGAUGCCGGCGCAGCCCUUGGCCAGUCAGCUGCCCGCUGUUGCAGUGGAUCCCAUGCCGCUGAUCUACGAGAAGCUGCACCACUUCAAGGUGCACACCUUCAAGGGCCUCAACUGGUGCGAGUUCUGCGCCAACUUCCUGUGGGGCUUCACCGCUCAGGGCGUCAAGUGCGAGGCCUGCGGCUUCGUGGCCCACACCAAAUGCUCGGAGCUGGUGCCGCCAAAGUGUGUGCCCGACCUGAAGCGGAUUCGGGGCGUCUUUGGCACCGAUCUGGCUACCAUGGUUCAGCUGGAUCCCCGCCACCAGAUCCCCUUCGUUGUGCGUCGCUGCGUGGAGGAGGUCGAGGCCCGGGGCAUGCUCCAGGAGGGCAUCUACCGCGUCUCGGGAUUUGCGGACGAAAUCGAGGCCCUCAAGCUGGCCCUCGACCGGGAGGGCGAGAAAACGGACAUGUCGGAGGUGGCCUACGGCAAUGUCAAUGUCAUUGCCGGCACCCUAAAGCUCUAUCUGCGGCUGCUGCCCGUGCCUCUCAUCACGUUCCAGGCGUACCCCAGCUUCAUGACUGCCGGCCGGAACACCAAACAGGCGGAGCAACUGCAGCUGAUGUCAGAGGCAGUGCGUCGUCUGCCGCCGGCCCACUACAGCUGCCUGCAGUACAUGCUGGAGCACCUUAAGCGUGUGGCCUCCCACUAUGCCGUCAAUAAGAUGAACGAGCACAACCUGGCCACUGUGUUCGCGCCCACGUUGAUAGCAACGCCCCAGCACAUGACGAACCUGACCGAGGAGAUAUUCAUGCUCUCCUCGCUGAUCACCCACUGCAAGACUAUAUUUGCCUAGGCGCCACGCCACGCCACGCCACGCCACGCGAAAACCUUAAGCACAGAUCAGAGGGAGAGCCCACUAGAGGGAGCAGCAGCUAUAUCCAGCUCUCUCAGUUCACUGAACCCCAUCAUCCCCCCACCCCGCCACCGGGUGUAUCGCAUGAGGUGCACACCUCAAUUGGCGUUUUGCCUAGCAUUUACCUUAAUUUAUUAAUGAACUUUCGAUGCAUCCUUGAUAUGUCCACCAAAAAUGUAGCCUUAAGUAUCUAUGAAUAGCGCUUUACAUGAAUUCCCAGUUUUGUAAGGAUUACAUCGAAAACACACAAGUAGAACGCAUUUAAUGUUGUAGGAAUCUAACGUACGAAUUUACCGAAUUUUCGAAAUACUUUUAGCAUACUUUUACGAUCUUUUCGUCACAAGAAAUAUAUUUAUUUUAUUUAUA